AUGCGGGAUGCCAAGGUGGAGUCCAACGCCAUCAGCUUCAACGCUGGGAUCGCCGCCUGCGCGGCGGGCAUGCGGUGGCAGCAGGCUCUGUCGCUUCUCGGUGACAUGCGCGAGGCGAGACUGGAGCCUGAUGUCGUCGGCUACACCACUGGGAUCAGCGCGUGCGGGAGCUGCGAGCGGUGGCAGCAGGCCCUGUCGCUGCUCGGCGGCAUGCGCGAGGCGGAGCUGGAGCCCAACGUUCACCUUCAAUGCUGGGAUCAGCGCGUGCAAAAAUGGCGAGCCGUGGCAGCACGCUCUGGUGCUGCUCAGCGAAAUGUCGGAGGUACAGGUCGAGCCUGA